AUGGCUGGGGGUUUGUUCUCAAUCGAUAGGCAAUACUUUGAGUUAUUGGGGAAAUACGACGAAGGGAUGGAGAUCUGGGGCGGAGAGAACCUGGAGAUGAGUUUCCGCAUUUGGAUGUGCGGCGGGACUCUUGAGAUCGUGACGUGUAGUCAUGUCGGACACGUGUUUCGGAAGUCAACGCCGUAUACCUUUCCCGGCGGGACGAGUAGAAUAGUGAACCACAACAACGCGAGACUCGCAGACGUAUGGCUCGACGAAUGGACAGAUUUCUAUCAUACUAUGAAUCCGGAGGCAAAAACAGUUGAUAAGGGAGACACUGAACCCCGGAAACAAUUGAGACGCGAUCUUAAGUGCAAAAGUAUUUAUUUAGGAGAGUGUUAG